UCUGCUCUCGUUCUCACGUCUCGUCUCGCGAGCUUUCGGGUGAUUGGCAGCGGCUGUGGCUGCUCGGGGUUGCUGCGGCGGACGGUACCUUACAGCCUAGAGCAGAGAUUAUGUUCCGAGCAGCGGCUCCUGGGCAGCUCCGGCGGGCGGCCUCAUUUCUCCGAUUUCAGAGUACCUUGGUAAUAGCGGAACAUGCAAAUGACUCUCUAGUACCCAUUACUUUACACGCCAUCACUGCAGCCACCCGUCUCGGAGGUGAAGUAUCCUGCUUAGUAGCUGGCACCAAAUGUGACAAGGUGGCACAAGACCUCUGUAAGGUGGCAGGUGUAGCAAAAGUCCUCGUGGCCCAGCAUGAUGCGUACAAAGGCCUCCUUCCAGAGGAGCUGACACCAUUGGUCUUGGAAACUCACAAGCAGUUCAAUUACACACACAUCUGUGCUGGAGCAUCUGCCUUUGGAAAGAACCUUUUGCCUAGAAUAGCAGCCAAACUUGAUGUUGCCCCAAUUUCUGAGAUUAUUGCAAUCAAGUCACCUGACACAUUUGUGAGAACUAUUUAUGCAGGAAAUGCUGUAUGUACAGUGAAGUGUGAUGAGAAAGUGAAGGUGUUUUCUGUCCGAGGAACAUCUUUUGAAGCUGCAGCAGCAAGUGGAGGUAGUGCCAGUUCAGAAAAGGCCUCAAGUCCUUCACCAGUGGGAAUAUCAGAGUGGCUUGACCAGAAAUUAACAAAAAGUGAUCGGCCGGAGCUAACUGGUGCGAAAGUCGUGGUGUCUGGUGGUCGGGGUUUGAAGAGUGGAGAGAAUUUUAAGUUGUUAUAUGACUUGGCAGAUCAACUACAUGCUGCAGUUGGUGCUUCCCGUGCUGCUGUUGAUGCUGGCUUUGUUCCCAAUGACAUGCAAGUUGGUCAGACAGGAAAAAUAGUAGCACCGGAACUUUAUAUUGCCGUUGGAAUAUCUGGAGCUAUCCAACAUUUAGCUGGGAUGAAAGACAGCAAGACAAUUGUGGCUAUUAACAAAGAUCCAGAAGCUCCAAUUUUCCAAGUGGCAGAUUUUGGAAUAGUUGCAGAUUUGUUUAAGGUGGUUCCUGAAAUGACUGAGAUACUGAAGAAAAAAUGAAUCAUGAUUAUGUCUCAAGAAGGAAAAUUGUCACAGUAUUCAACUGAAAUCCUAGAAAUUAAUAACCUGAGGGGGAAAUUCUAACAGCAGCCACUAUGCCUUUUGAUGGGACUAUUGUUAUAUUUCUUUUUUAAAUGUAUGUGGUUCCAAACAAUUAUUUUUUGAAAUUUUCUAAUUCUAUAAUAAAACCUAUAAUAAAGCUUUGCUUUAGGUCAGAAA